UGAACAUUCAAAAGGCAUCCUUUUCAGCGGCCUUGAAGACUUACCGCAUCGGACUCGUUGCCAGUUUUGCCAGUAACACCAGGUCCUCUGACUACUUCUAUAUACUGUACAUUGCCCUGCUGCACAGCAACACCUCGGUCGCCUUGGUUUGAGGUCAUUCCCGUCUCGUUCGGCCCUCGUUUAUUCAGCGGAACCGUUAUGAGUGAUACGAUAACACUUGCGUCUCAACGGCGGAAAGCCGCCGCCGAUGGACCUCAGAUAGCUAACGCCGUGGACUUGAAGGCUGGGAAACGUAAUAGUUUACAGGCGACGGAUAACAAAUUCGUCAAGAAGACUUUAACGACGGUGUUUGUCGCGCUCCUGAUCGACAUUCUCGCCUUCACGAUCAUCUUGCCGCUGUAUCCGAGAAUAUUAGAGCACUAUGACAAAGUAGAUGGCGGGGACAAGACCUCGCUCUAUUAUCAAAUGCACGGCCUCGUCCAACGCUUCCGCCAAAGCAUCGGCGUCUCAGGCCAAGGCUUCGACAUCAUCCUCUUCGGCGGCGCCCUCGGCUCGCUCUUCUCCUUUCUCCAAUUCGUCAGCAGCCCUGUCAUCGGCAAACUCAGCGACCGGUACGGCCGCCGGACGGUGUUACUGACCAGCAUGAUCGGCAACGGCGUCUCGAUGUUGCUAUGGAUCUUUUCGAAAUCGUUUGGCGUGUUUGUGUGGUCGAGGAUUAUUGGCGGGUUGACGGAGGGGAAUGUGCAGAUGUCGAUUGCGGUUAUCUCGGAUAUCACGACUGCUGAGACGAGGUCGAGGGGGCUGGCCCUUGUUGGAAUUGCAUUCUCAUUAGGCUUCACGGUCGGCCCACCCCUCGGCGCAUACUUCACAUCCAUGGACAUUGCGAAAGUGUUUCCCUUCCUGGAAGGCCUCCCGAUAAACCAGUACUCUGGCCCGGCGCUGUUUGCAUUCAUACUCAUCGUCAUCGAGACGGUCUAUCUGGCCAUCGCGUUACCCGAAACGAAAGGGUUCAAAUCAGGUUCGACCCCGUCGGACACGGACAUCGACUCGAGUCCAGCCACGCGACGAUCAACGCGUUUGGCGGAGAAGAGAGCCCUCAGCGAGUCGACGGAGAACCUCUCCAUCGCUUCAGCUCCUUCAAGCGUAACCAAAUCCGCCCCAUCGCUAUUAUCACCACGCACCCCACCCAAACUAUCCCGCCUCAACACCCUCAGCCUAAUCCACUUCCUCUUCCUCUUCUGCUUCUCCGGCCUCGAGUUCACCCUCACCUUCCUCACCCACGACCGCUUCGGGUUCUCCCACGCCCGGCAAGGCCGCCUGUUAGGCUUCAUGGGCAUCACAUCCGCCUUCGUGCAGGGUGGGUACACGCGACGCGUGGCGCAUAAACUCGUCUCGGAGCGCGGGAUCGCCGCACAGGGCAUGUUCGCUGCCGCGGUCGGGCUGGCGAUCCAGGGCCUGCUGGCGUGGAGUGUCGGGUGGUUGUAUGUUGGCGCGGCGUUUCUGGCGUUUACGAGUGGGACGGUUGUUACGGCGCUCACUGCGCUUGCGAGUUAUGAGACGGGGCGGAGUGCGGAUGGGGCUGAGUUUGGAAGUGAGGAGGAUGACCGGGACGGCGCGGGGAAGCAUAGCGGGUCGGUGUUGGGGAAGUUUAGGAGUGUGGGGCAGUUGGGCAGGUCGUUGGGGCCGAUGUUUGCGUGUACGUGUUAUUGGGUGCUGGGAAGCGCUGUGACGUAUUCGGCGGUGGCAUGUGGGAUGCUAGCGAUUGGGUUGAUUACGUUGGGGUUUGUGCGUGCACGGCCGCUUGCUGGUGGUGAGGCGAGGAAGAAGAGGACGUAGAGAUGGUAGAAGG